AUGGACGACACAAAUGACCGUACUGCAGAGACCAGCAGCAAACAACCAAAAAGAAAAGAGGCGCUCGAGCCGCUAGUUAUUCAUGAAAUACGGCCAUGGUCUUCAUUUGCUGGUGCUCCAGCUGACGAACAAGUUCUUUCCGAUAUCGAUAAACCACCAUCACAUCCAUGUUUGUCUAAAACACCACGCAGUGAACGCUUACAACAAGAGAAUGCUCAUCAAACAUUAUCAUCGAAGCAAGAACGAACAAAUCGUUCUCGAUCGGCACUGAUCGAUCGAAAAACGCACCAUCAUCAUCGCCAUAGUGAACUCACAUGGCGUUCUCUUUUGUGUACCAUGUCCGAUAUCAAUCAAAUACUGACGUACAAAAGAUUUCUUCCCGGUCAUCCGUGGUUGCAAAGUCUGCUUAUUUUUAUUGAUUCGUGCUUUCGCGGCAUCGGACAAGUGAUGUUCGCCAAUAAUCCUUUGUCGGGUUUCGUAAGUUCAGAGCAAAAUUAUUUUUAG